UAUAUGUAUAUAUAUAUAUAUAUAUGUAUAAGAGUUCUCCCAUUGCUAGCAUUUCCUAUUCAUAUUUCGGAAGGCUAAAAGGACUAGCAGUUAUAUAUAUAUAUAUAUAAUAUUUUCUUGAGCUAGCCCCAGAAGUUUCCAGUCCGUAUGGCCAGCACUCUAUUAUUACUGGUGCUACUUGUAUCUAUGAUUACGAUGGUGGUCAUCUCUGCAUUUGGUGGAAAGUUCUACCAAGGUUUGGACAUCAUAUGGGGAAGUGGAAAUGCCAAGAUACUCAACAAUGGGGAGUUAAUUACACUGUCCCUUGAUAGGAUUUCUGGGUCAGGUUUUCAGUCUAAAAAUGAAUAUCUAUUUGGGGAGAUCAAUAUGCAACUGAAGCUUGUUCCUGGCGACUCUGCUGGCACUGUCACUUCCUACUACCUGUCCUCAAAGGGGCCUUCAUGGGAUGAGAUAGAUUUUAAAUUUCUGGGAAAUUUGAGUGGCGACACUAAUGUAAUUGUUCAAGGCAAAGGUGACAGAGAGCAACAAUUUCAUCUUUAGUUCGAUCCAACUGAUUUCCAUAACUAUUCCAUCAUCUGGAAUCUCCUCCCCUCCCUGUUAUCUGUUGUGGAAGCUCUCUAUCGAUGACCAAUAAAACAAUUCAAGAACUUGAACUCCAGUGGCAUUCCAUUACCAAAGAAUCAACCAAUGAGGUUGCACUCAAGUAUAUAGAAUGGUGAUGACUGGAUUACAAGAGAUGGGCUCAUCAAAAUAGACCGGACAAGAGCUCCAUUCACUUCUUUCUUCAGCAACUUCAAUGUGAGAGCCUGUGUGUGGUCUUCCAGUGGAUCUUCUUGCGAUGUAAAGUCCCCAUCUGCAAGACCCAUAGAUUAUAAAUGGCUGAAAAAGGGGCUUCAUGUGACAAGUCUUGAAAGGCUAAAGUGGGUGCAGAAAAAUUACAUGAUAUAUAACUACUGCACAGAUAUCAAGCGUUUUCCUCGGGGUCUGCCCCCAGAAUGUGCAGUCACUGCUACCACUUAGAGAUGGCUACCAUCACAAUUAACAUUAUAAUAAUAUAUAAUAAUAUCCCUUAUAUACCUCUACUAUAUUCUUAUAUGUCAAAGAAAAAUUGUUAUCAGGGGUGUGAGCCAGA